CCGGACUGUUGGUGACGUCAUAACAAUACGACGCGACACGUUCGGGUAGCAAUUCGUGUGGCGUUUGAUUUAGUUCAGAUUCAAAACGCAAGCUAAAGAUGGCAGACGAUCAGGAAAUGUCUCUUCUGGAGAAGAAGGUGGCAGAGCAGAUUGAGUACUACUUUGGGGACCACAAUCUCCCUCGAGACAAGUUUCUGAAGGAGCAGCUGCAGUUAGAUGAUGGCUGGGUCCCUCUGGAGACGAUGCUGAAGUUUAACAGACUGAAGAGUCUCACGUCAGACGCUGCUGUUAUUGUGGAGUCGCUGCAAAAAUCUAAAACGGGUCUGUUGGAGAUCAGCGAGGACAAAACCAAAAUAAGACGAAAUCCCAACAAACCUCUCCCAGAGGACAACGAGGAAUACAGGGACGCGCUCAAACACAAAUCCAUAUACAUGAAAGGUUUUCCUCUUGAAACCACGCUGGAUGAAAUUAAAGAGUGGUUUGCAGAUAAAGGCAAAGUUGAAAACAUCUACUUGAGGAAAGGAGCACAGAAGACUUUCAAAGGAUCGAUCUUCGCAGUUUUAGAGUCUGAAGAAGCCGCCAAGGCUUUUGUUGAGCGCGCUGAUGUCAAAGAGUACAAAGGGAACGAGAUGAUCGUCAUGAUGAAAGAUGACUAUUUUACUAAAAAGAUGGCCGAGAGGAAGCAGAAUCGUGUGGAAGCAAAAGCCAAGGCAAAAAGUGAAAAGGAGGACAAGCAGAAACAAGCCGAAGAAGAAGAGCUGAAAUCCCUGAAUGAUCAGAAAGGCUGUCUGCUGAAGUUCUCCGGUGAACUGGGUCAGACCUCGAGAGAGGACUUCCACACGAUCUUCUCCGAUCAUGCUCGGAUCAAAUGGAUUGAUUUCACCAGGGGAGCUAAAGAGGGCACCAUCCUGUUCCACUCGAACGCCCAGGAGGCCCUGCAGAAGGUCCGAGAGGCUAACGGAGGAGAAGAUCCCAAGGUUAAAGAGCAGGAUGUUCAGUGGGAAGUACUGGAGGGAGACACAGAAAUGGAGAUGUUGAAGAAAAUCAUCGAGGAUCAGCAGGAGUCCAUGAACAAACGUAAAGCAGGCAGAGGAGGUCACCGGGGUCGUGGACGAGGCAGAGGAGGACGCAGAGACCGAGGAGGAAGAGAACAGACCCAGUUCAAGGGAAAGAAGACCAAGUUUGAUAGCGAAGAAGAGGGAGAUGAAGAACAAGCCAGUCCGAAGAAGAGACCUCUGGAGUCUAAUGGUCAAGGUAAUGAAGAGCCAGCUUCCAAACAAGCAAAAAGCGAGAACGGUUCUUAAGGGCAAAGAACCCCACAAAUUUUCCCAAAAAUCGAGAAUCCUGGAAAAUGCAUUCUCAGACUUCUUUCUGUCAAAAGAUGCAAAAAAAAGCUUUAUGCCACACUUUUUUUUUUCUGAACUCGCCAUGAAAAAGGAUUUUUUUUUUUUUUUUCUGUGAACAAACAUACUGGGUGCCUGGAUGUUGUGUAUUUAUUUGCCAAACACACGCUUAUGAUUGCUGGUAUGAUUUAAGAUCUCAUCUGCAGCUCAAUAAAUGUGUCAUUUUUAAAAUCUAUUCAUUUUAAGCAGUUAGCUGGAAGCGCUUGUAUAACUCUUGACAUCUUUGUGUAUUAUAUGUACUAUAAUAUACAAUAUACUCUAUAUAGACUAUAAUUGCAUUCCCUGAGCGCUGACAGUCUGCAGAAUCUACACCGAUAAUCAAAGAGCUGAUUAUCUGUUCUGACAGCAUUUGUUAAAUCCAGUACUGUAUUAUUAUUAUCAAACUGUUUGAGGCCUAGAAGAGAACUUAAGUUUUUUUUUUUUUUUUUUUUUUUUUUUUUUUUGACAAUGUCAGAAGUUUUAGUAAUAAGCAUUGGUCAAUAUUGCUGUUUUUUUUUCAUUAACGAAAACCUGGUUUCCAGCUCCUUUCACAAACGUAACAUAAGAGAAUAAGUGUGUGUUAUCCCUGUUUCUUUUUAUACGUUGCUGUAAAGUUGCUUUAAGCGGUUACAGAGGCAUGUAGAUCUGGAGAGUUUUCAUUAGGAGGAAUUAGAUUUGACUUGAAAUUUUUUUUUAAGCAUAUUUUCUUUAUCACAGAAACAUGUCUCUUAAUCUAAAGUGCUGUUUUAGAUGCCAUGCUUUAUAUUUUCCCAUUCAGGACUUCAACAAGCACUCAUUUUUAUUUUUUCCCUUAUUUUUUUACUGUUUGUCAUCUGUUGAGAUUAAUAUUACACAAAUUUAGAAGUUCAAUAAAGAGUCAUGAAAAUCUAAAUAGUA